GGAGGAUCAGGAGCUUGGCCAGAAAAGGUUUAGCUUCGUUUCAGGGUGCUUGAAAUGAGGAAAACCCCUGCCGAUAUCUGGAAUUCGUCCCACAACCGGGAAAGAUUGGCGGCUGCAUGAGAACUUUACUGUGUAGCUUCCAUUGUUGAGCGCUAGAAGGAUGCUGCAGAGACGGCAAUCUGCGCGAUAACGAAGUCUACCGUGUCAUUUGCAAGUUAAUAUCUGGUUCUGUAAUUGGUGGUGGCGGCUGUGACGACUUCCUCACACAACCUGGAAAGUACGGUGCAUCAGGUCGGUCGGUCCCCACAGGAUGGCAGAUCUCCCGCCUCGCGAUCCACCCGUCCCGGUCUCGACCAGCGUCCCCGUGUCCUUCCAGCUCGGCACUGGAGCCUCCAUCUACACCGGCACUCUGAUUCCUGCCAUCCUCUCCGCCAAGCAUGAAAUCAUCCUCGUCACCUGCUUUUGGGCGCCGUCAGAUUCCCUGUCUGCACUCCGAGGUGCCCUUGAGAAGAUCACCGCCAAGCGAACAUCCCUCGUUAGACAGGGUAAUUCUCUGCCGCCUCUGAGGAUAUCCCUCUGCUUGUCCUCUCGAUCCCUUCUCCAGAAGCUCUUCCACACGUCCUCACCUGAUGGCUAUCUCUACCCACCGUCGUCAUGGCCCAAACAACUCGGGCUACCGAACCAGGCCAUCCUCGAGGCCGGUGGCAUCAACCUCACCGUGAAGAGUCUCUUCUUCUUGCCCUUCAGCGUCAUGCAUCCCAAGUUCCUCAUUAUUGAUCGCCAGCGCGCCUUCAUCCCGAGCUGCAACAUCAGCUGGGAGGUGUGGCUUGAGGGGUGUGUCGAGAUCAGGGGCGCGGCGCUUGCAGAUUUACUGGCCUUUUACUCGAGCACGUGGGACAGGACGCUUGACACACGAAGCGGGAUUCCUGCCUCUCUGGAGGAGGGGGGCUCGACAUCCAACAGGCCGGGAUCCCAGCCCCCGCUCCAGCCUGUCGCGGCCCAUGCCCAUUACUUGCAUGCAUUUCCGCCCACCCAGGCGGACAUCACGACACUCAUCUUACCUUCUCCCCAUUGCCGUCACCCGCACUUCCGCCCCUUCCCUUGGCAAGCCGCUCCGCCAGUGCCGCCCACCCCCCUCAACUCCGCCCUGCUCCGACUGUUCGACGAGGCCACAGUCAGCAUCUACAUACAGACGCCCAAUCUCACGAGCGCGCCCGUCAUCUCUACCCUCCUUGCCGCCCUCCAGCGGGGAGUCAACGUGACUAUUGUCACUAGCCGCAACAUGAUGUGGCUCGAGCAAAUCGUCACUGCCGGAACCUUGACCAGCUGGUGUAUUCGCUCCAUGAUACGUCGGUACCAAUCGAUGUGCUCUGCAUCGAUCAUUCCAAGCCAGCGGGCGGCCCGGGGCAGCCAUCGGCGACUUGACAGCGAAGAGCGGGGCGUCACUGACCAAGAAGCAGCUCUUGAGGCUCAAGAUUCGCGCCCGGGCAGGCUCAGCAUCUCAUACUUCCGUCCCCGCGAGGCCGGGAAGUCGAGGGGAGGGGAAGGGGAAGGGGCAGACCUCGAGGGCGGCGCCGGCGCAGACGCGACGAUGGAGGAGCCGGUACACUCGCACCUCAAGUUAACCAUCGCCGACGGGCGGCGCACCGUACUUGGCUCUGGGAACAUGGAUCGCGCAAGCUGGUACACCAGCCAGGAGCUGGGUGUCCUCUUUGACGACGCCGACUUCGCAGCUGCUGUCGGGGCGGCUGUGGCUCGGGUGUUGGACGGCCGGCUUGAGCCCAUAUUUGACUCGGAAUCGAGCUGGAGGUGACACUGGACUCGGCCAUGUCCUGUGUUGGCCAUGCAAGGACUCCAGAGGAGGUGUGGGUGGGACUGGCUUUUGUCGAGCUGAUUGAUGGCGUGACUGGGCGGGAUGACGGUAGAGUCGUCCUUCAGCACAACAGUGAUGCCACCGUAUGUGGCCGGACUAUUAAUAUCAUGGGCCGAAGCCAAGGUGGG